AUGGCGGGCGAGUGUACUUCCCCUUUGGGAAAUAAACUGGAAAUUUGUCCUUCCUUAAAGCAACUAGAAGACUUCUACCGAAAUCAAGUACGAUUUUUUGAGGGGAAAUUUAUCCGAAAGUUAAAAGACGGCAAUCUUUUUCGUGUGACUUCAGAGAGUCCGCAGCAGAAAGUAAUUUCUUUGGAGGUUUCCAAACUUGUAUUCUUGAAGUCACUGGCUUCCAGGUUCUCGGACAAUGAAGUAUUGGAGAGAUACCCGCUUUAUAUCUGUGAAGUACAAACUCUACGUCGCUUAUGUAACAUUUUUGGAAAGGAUAAUUUGGUAAGGAGAUUCAACUCUGGGGAUUUUACGAUUAUUAUUCCAUUUUAUGCUGUCGUAGAGAAUUUUGUUUAUGAAUUACCUCAGGGUACCUCAAUUGAAAUCUCGAUGGGCCAGCUUGUUCUUUCUAUUGAACAUAAAGGGGACAAUAUGAAAUGUUUGAUACCUUAUGGUGGGUCAAAUCCGGGUGAAGAUGAUACCUUACCAGAUAACUUUGCUCUUCGCACUAUUGAAGUUGAUGGUGAUACAUUACAACACCCUCAAUACAAAGGGUCAGGCACAUUAAAAGUUGAGAAGGGAUAUGACUUUGUGUACUCGGCAUGUGAUGUUAUAUUACCAGGGGAUACUUUGGUCAUUCGUAACAUGAUAUUUUAUGUAAUUUCUGUUGUCAGAGAUAUGUUUGAUCCUAGCGGUACUAAAGACCUUGUUAGACUGGACAGGUCACUAAAUUUUAAUGCCCGAAGGUGCAUCUUCUUCAUAAAAAGGCCACUGCAAAUAAUAUCGCAAGAAGUUUCUUUGCCCGCAACAAAACUAAAAUAUGUGAGAAGGGUAUCCUUAAGAUAUCACAAAGAAGAUGUUACUCUACAGCAAGGUGAAUUACAGAUAACAUUUUUUAAUGCUGCUUUUAAUAAAUGUGGCAUUAUGACACAUGAUAUUGCUAUUCCUGUUGAAGAGUUGGUGUCAUAG